AUGAGUAGCUUAAGUGCAAUAUCUUUUGUGGAUUCAUCAGAAUGUUAUGAUCUCUUACGUACUCUAAAACCAAAUGUAGCUGCACAGUUACAUCCAAAUAAUGUUCGUAAAGUAAAAAGAGCACUUCUCGAUGCUUUGAAAACAUCUAUUCAGACUGAAACACAAACUGAAUCAAAUGAGAAUAUAGAAAAUACAGAUUUAGAAAAACAAGUUUUAAAUCGAUCUAUUAAACCUCGAUAUCCUGGAGAUUCACUCAUAUUAUGGUUGGAUUGUGCUUCUGAUGUUUUGAAUACUCAAUUAAAUAAGCGAGUGGAUAAAAUGUUGGAUUCCGGGUUGGUUGAUGAGUUGGACACUUUUCUUAAUAAAGUGAAUGUUUCGCCACCUAUAUUUAAUGAGACGGAAACAUUUGAUGCAAAUGAAAAUGUCAAGCGAACUCGAGUAGAAAAAUUAAAGAAUUUGUUUUCUGUAGAAUUGGAAACUGUGUCAGAUCCUAUGACCCGUCGUGGUCUACUUCAAAGUAUUGGAUUCAAAGAAUUUUCUGACUAUUUAGCCUUAUUACCAGAAGAACGUGAUACUGUGGAGGCAAGUGUUCUUCUGAAACGAGCAGUAAACAAUGUUAAGACAGCAACUCGACAGUAUGCACGUCGUCAGGUUUCUUGGGUUAGAAAUCGAUUUUUACGACGUCCUGUAGAAGGUAGCAUUCCUGUCUAUCGCAUAGAUGUAACAGAUUUCUUAAAUUCUGAAUCUCCAGUUACUUGGAACAGAACAAUUGUUGCACCAUCCAUACGCUUAGUUUACAAUGAAUUAAUGAAGAUUGAUUAUUCUAUUCUUGAAAAUCUGAAAAAUAAUGAUUAUCUAAAAAGUCUACUUGAGAUUUGUCCUGAAAACUCUUGUCCUAAAACAGAACCAUUUCUUCUGCCCAAAUCUUUUAUUGAAUCAAACAACACCGAUUCCCCAUUCAUUUGUUCAAUAUGUUCUAAUAGAAUAUUUACACAAAUCGAUAGUUGGGAGGCUCAUUUAAAAAGCAGAGCACAUCAAAAACGUGCAAUAAAAUACAAAAAACGAUUACUUGUCGAGAAUGCAAUGAAAAAUUUACCAUCAUGA